AUGGCCGAGAAGCAGAUCACAAACUCUUCCCCGGGACCGAGCUCCAGCACUCUCCAGAGAGGAAAGGCAUGUUUACGCUGCAGAAAGCGCAAAAUGAGGUGCGACGGCGCAAAGCCUGCUUGCCAGCAAUGCGUACGCGCGAAGAAGGCUGACGGCUGCGAGUACGACGAUGGUAAGGGCAAAACCAGGACGCAGCUCAUGCGCGAGCACAUCGCACGUCUCGAGUCGAGGAUAAAGGAGCUCGAGACCAACGAGACCUCUACCCCCUCCGUCACCCUCUUCGACCCUCAUGCCCCUUCCCCCUACUAUUCAGAGUCCUCCGGCUCCUCAAGCCAUGGCUCUCCGGGGAACAUCAGCCUCUCGGCUUCCACGUCUCCGGUACCUUACGGUCCAGACGAGAUUCGCUCGACCAUGGUGAGCCCUCUGACGGUGAAGUAUCCAGAUAUGGAUUCUUCUUGGGAGGCACAAUGGGACCAGAUGACAAACUUUGCCUCCGGUAGUCAGGUUAGCGAUGCUUAUAGGGCAUCAGAGGAACCCCCGGUCGAACUUGCACAGAUGUUAUUGGAACUUUUUCUCCCUCACCGGCAUCAGUGUGGGUUGGAAGUCCAUAUCGGUCGUAUGCGCGAAUCGCUCGGGCUUCCGCCAUCGGAGCAACGUCAUCCAGCCCUGAUGAACACCAUCUACCUCUGGGCCUGCUACCUUUCACGGCCAGAAUCUUUAUGUGAACAUGAGCCCGUGUAUUUGUCGCGUGCGCUCUCAGCGAUGAACGAAGCCAUUCAGUACCCGACAAAGGUCGUCGACAUUAUCCAAGCAUCUUGUUUGCUUUCGAUGUAUUACCUCUCCAACGGCCGGCUCUUCGAAGGAAAUUACUAUGCGUCUGCUGCAGCGUCGCUCGCGUUGCAGUACCGGCUCCAUCAGAUUGAUUCGGACGAGCUCAGCGCACACCCAGGCAUAGGUCUGUGGGAGCCCACUUUCAGUCUUGAACCGGAGAAGGACCCUAUUGAGCGUGGAGAGCGAAUUUUAACUUUCUGGCAGGUGUACAGUCUUGACAGGUGCUGGUCGGUCGCGCUUCGGCGGCCACCGAUAAUUCCGGACAACGACCAUCCUUCGACACGUAUCACCACCCCAUGGCCGCAGCGCAUGGAGGAGUACGAAUCGGGCGAUCUUGAAGGCAGCUCGGGCAACGGCACGAUCUUCGAUUUUCUAGCCCAUCAGGCACAAACGUCGAGCCUCGUCGGAGGAUUUUCGACGAUUGCGCUUCGUGCCAAGGCUUCUGUGUUGUUCGAGGCCGCCGAUCGGCUCUCUUCUAGUUUCAUGCGUCUUCCCGCAUCGAACACGAUGAUGGACGAGUUCCGCGUCCUAGAGCAUACGAUUACGCGGUUCACCGCGACGCUGCUGCCCCUGCACCAGCUCAGCGCGGCGGUGCCCGAAGAGAAGUUCACGCUCAUCGUCGUGCACAGCCUCGCCCACGCGGCUAUGAUCCACCUGCACGCCCCCUUCGUCGAGCGCGACCCCAUCUCGCGCGAGAAGUGUGCACGCGCCGCGCGCGCGAUGAUGCUCGUCACGAAGCACAUUGCGGAGUUGGACUUUGACUUUCUCGAACCGAUCGUCGGGCCUUGCUGGCUCAGCGGUGCCAAAGUGCUUGAGUCCGAGCUCAUACGCCUACAGGCGUCAUGGCCCCCACCAAAUAUGAUGGAGAUUCGCGGGGAGCUCGGCGGUUUCCUCUUCGUUCUCACGAAACUCAGCGCUCGAUUCCCGCUAUUAGGAUACGAGGCAGCCAAGGUACAAAGCUCACUAGAGGGCAAGUAG